CAGACUGACUGUUCCGAUAAGCCCGGGCACGGGGCUGUGCGUGUCCCCGGGCGUCCAGGGACCCUGGCUGGGGUUGGGGACAAGAGCAGCAGCGAAGUUCUACUUGUGCGAGCAAGAUGAAGCUGCUCUGUGCCUUCUUCCUCCUGUGGCUUGGCCUGGUAGGCAGCCUGGCUCAGAGUGACCCCAGCCCCAAGGGAGAGGAGUCCUACUCUGACUGGGGCCUGAGGCAGCUGCGGGGCAGCUUCGAGUCCGUCAACAGCUACGUGGAUUCCUUCAUGGAGCUGCUGGGAGGGAAGAAUGGAGUCUGUCAGUACCGGUGUCGAUAUGGAAAGGCACCGAUGCCCAGACCUGGCUACAAACCUCAGGAGCCCAACGGUUGUGGUUCCUAUUUCCUGGGUAUCAAGGUUCCGGGAAGUAUGGACUUGGGCAUUCCAGCAAUGACCAAGUGUUGUAACCAGUUGGACGUCUGCUACGACACCUGCGGCGCCAACAAAUACCGCUGUGAUGCAAAAUUCCGAUGGUGUCUCCACACCAUCUGCUCUGACCUCAAGCGGAGCCUGGGCUUCGUCUCCAACGUGGAAGCAGCCUGUGACUCCCUGGCUGACACCGUGUUCAACACCGUGUGGACCUUGGGCUGCCGACCCUUUAUGAACAGUCAGCGGGCAGCGUGCAUCUGCGCAGAGGAGGAGAAAGAAGAGUUAUGAAGACGAGGCGGCUUUUCCAGGCUCGGCGGCACAUCGGGGCUGUUUCAGAGACGGUGGUGAGGUACAAGUCCUGCCCUUUCUUCCAACCCUUCAGAGGUCACGAGCUGGAGAAGGGAAACAGCAGGCCUCGUCCUUUGAGGAAAGUUGAGAAAAAGACACGCAGAGUCUGAAGGCUGUUUGCUCUAACACCGGUCUCCCCAGCCGAGAACCAUGUGCCUGGAAAUUCAGUUCUUAGUUGAAAGACAAGCCAUAAGUAGACCCGGCUAUUCCUCGACCUGGUCAUGACAGUCAGAAGCGAAAUCUGGGGGAGCCCAAACAUUUGGAGACAAUGACUUUUCUCUGGCCCGUGUUUCAGUUGCCAGUUGACACCUCACGUUUAAUAAAGCACACUUUUUAGAAAACUCUAAGAGA